AUGAAGACUUGCGAACAGAUCCAUCUCUACAGAAGUUACUGUCAAAGUACUUCUUAUCCAAAAAUUAUCAUCGAAGCAACUGGUUCAAUAAUAAAGAACCUCAAUAAAUGUGGAAUGAAUAAAACUAAAACAAUUUAUCUAUACGCAGCGUUGGUAUACGAUGAAACAAAACUACACAGCUUUACGGUUUCAAACAUGAUAAAUGUUGCUCACWUUAUAAAAUUAGUUACUAAAAGGGUUCCAUUGAAGAAUACUCAAGGAAGAGUUAGAGAAGUUAUUCUACGUUGUAUAGGAGUUAUAAUUAAAAACCAAUCUAUUUCGGAAAUAUAUUUGAUUGUUUCAUCCCUAUUUGUUGUAAUAACAAAUGAAUCUGAUGGAGUUGAUGUAGUAACAGGAAAAGACACUUCAUUGUUAUCAACUGUUGACUCUGAGAAAGAUAUUAGUGAUUUAAUUGAGGAAGUAGAUGAACCACAAAUAAAUCUUGAUAAUGAAAAAAAUCCAUUUCAGAUUUGGGCUGAGGAAAUAUUUGAAAAAAGCAAAGAAUAUAUUCAAGAAGCUAAUGGCAUCAAUGCUAUAUAUUUGCCCACAUUACUGCCAUUAAUAGUUAAAUUAAUCGAUCUAAAAAGUCGCAAUAUAAAAGGUUUUGGUAAAGUUGCACUUCGUAAUACUUGUGCUUUUGAUGCACUGGCUACAAUAUUUAUGGYAUCUUAUUAUACAAGAAGUGCUAUACGCCAUGCAGUUUUGGAACGAAUAUCAGCUGAUAUCAAUGCAUCGUUAAAGUCAAUGAAAUCUUUAUCUACGAGUACAACAAGAUGGGCCUGUCGCUCUGAGGCAGUGUCAGCUUUAAAACAUAAUUAUUCGGCUAUUUUAUUAGCACUUGAAGAAAUAGUAGAUAGAACAAAACAACCUGAUGUUAGAGCUAAAGGACGUGGUUUAUUGUUUCAACUCAAAACUUUUCAAUUUAUUUUAGGACUUGAAAUGUUGGAUCCAAUUCUACAAAUUAUAAAUAAAGUAAGCAAAUCAUUACAGUGUGUUAACGCUCUUCGAUCAGUGCUUAUUGAAAAAAGAAAUGAAAAUACAUUUAAAACUAUGUUUGAUAUUUGUACUUCUAUAUGUGAAAAAAUUGAUAUUCYAUUACCAUUACCUACAAAACGAAAAGUUUCAACUCGUAUCGACAAUAUUAAUUCACAGUUCCAGGCACAAUCAUUAGAGGAAGAAUUAAGAGUCCAAUCAUUUUAUCCUAUGCUUGAUAUUAUGAUUAGUGGAAUUGAUGAAAGAUUCAAUCAAGACACUAUCAAUCUAAUAAAUGCAAUUGAUGGAUUAAUGAAAUUAAAAAUAUGUAUCACAGAUAUAAAUUUAUUAAGCAAUCAUUUUGAAUGCAAUAAAGAUGAAUUGGUAGCUGAAAUAAAUUUGUUACAAAAACAUGAAACAAUAACUAAACAAAUUGAAGGCAACUUGGGCGCUAAAAUGCUUCAUAUUUGGCUUCAAUGCUGUACAUGUGAACGAUCAUUUUCAAAAUUAACAUUAGUAAAAUCCAAGUUAAGAAGUACUAUGCUUCAAGAAAGACUWAAUGCAUUGAUGCUUAUAACGGUAGAACAAGAAAUGGCUAUUAACUUAAAUCCCGACGAUAUAAUUGAUCAUUUCAAAAAUUCUACACAACGCAGAAUGAUGUUAUAA